AUGACUUCACCCAAACACACAAAACAAGCGCAUUCGCCGACUCUCGACACGCUGCCUUCAGAGCUGAGGAACCUGAUAGUUUCAUAUCUAGCUCCGACAUGCGCCCAAGACAUGAAGCCAGGAUGCAAGAUGCACCUUCAAAACGCCAAUCUGGCACAUUCCUGUCUGCGAGAAAGCGCCACCGAAUACCUCUUCAGGGACAUGACACUGACACACGUCUUGCUGGGCGCAUCGUGUAACCUGGAAAUCUUCGCCGUCACGAAAGAGAAUGCACAUUUGCUCAAAUAUGUAAAGCACAUUGUUGUUCAAGUCCCGCCUGCUAUCGCAUGGGAAAUUGGAAUAGAUGGCACUCCAGACAUGUAUCGUAUAGGUGAAUAUACUCACAAUCGCCUAUGCCGCAAGUUUGGCGUGUCAUCAGUCCAAGACAUGUCGGAAGAACAGGUCGAGUACUGCCGAGGAUACCAUGAAGCAAUGGUUACGCCCUUUACCGAUGAGCGGCCCUGGUAUGCGCACUUCCGCAAUGCCGACAGUAUUUUCCCUAGGAUAUUCCGCCACUUUGUCAAUCUCACGGCUAUAUCCGUUGGAUGCCGUGAGAGAAUUGAUAUGCCUCGUCCCUCGCUUACCAAGACAUUUAUGCUCCAGUACGGCACAUCAGUCCUCGACGAGGUGCAUCCGCUCUUCGUAGAAGACUCCUCGACAAGCAAGGCUUGGGCAAGUGCUAGCACCAUGAGAUGCGCUCCAUCCAGCGUACGCAGCCUGGAGCUUACCAUGGCCAGUGUGGACGACGGCCACCCUCUCGCCUCCAUCAACAGCCUUCUUGGCCUCAACUACCGCCAUGAACUAGGCGGCAUGCAAAAACUCAUGCCAAAUAUAACGCGGCUCAGCCUCAGCAUCCACACCGUCUUGUGUCCCUACAUCAAGCGAGAACUGCAAGGCGACACGCAAAGCGCACAAGCCGUAUCCUCCUGGGCAACAGAACUCAACAACAUGCCGUCCCUCCAGCAUCUCGACCUUACGAAUGUCGCGCCCAAUACAACCGGCAUGACUGUCUCAGACACAACAAAACCUUCCGUACUGCCCUUGCUGUUACCAACGCUGGCGCUAACCCAGCUUUCCACACUCAAACUCCACAACUUUACACUGUCCAGGACGGAGCUCCAGGACGCGCUCAACGGCACGUGGCCUGGAUUACGGAAAAUACGGCUUGACAAUGUGCAGCUGUGGAUUGAACCAACAACUACCACUCCUUCAGAGCAGCAUACCGAGUGGAUCGAUGCAUGCACCUUCGUGCUGCUGCAGCACCCUGGCGUACGCCUUGAAUUGCAUCGCACGGGCAUGACAACAGAUGCGGCACUAAGCUCGCUUCGUAUACAGCAGGCGCAGUAUGCAGAUGACUUGAGUAGGAUUCCUCGUGUUGUUUUGAUACCUUAG